AUCGGGUGGGGGGGCGGGGCGACGAGUAGGUGGAGCCGGCACGGAUCUCUGUUGGUCCGAGGUAGGCGAGAUCUGAGGCCGAAGCUGUGGGACCGGCGGAGGAGGAAGACAGCGCCGGGAGGCCGCUUGUCUCCGCUGGGUGCUCCCAGCCACCGCUGCCGCCGCCAUGGGCAUUAAAUUUUUAGAAGUUAUAAAACCCUUCUGUGCAGUUUUACCAGAAAUUCAGAAACCUGAAAGGAAGAUUCAGUUUAGAGAGAAGGUAUUAUGGACUGCUAUAACAUUGUUCCUUUUCUUAGUAUGUUGUCAGAUACCACUAUUUGGAAUCAUGUCAUCAGAUUCUGCAGAUCCUUUCUACUGGAUGAGAGUUAUUCUUGCUUCUAACAGAGGAACUUUAAUGGAAUUGGGUAUCUCUCCAAUCGUAACAUCUGGUUUGAUCAUGCAGUUGUUAGCUGGAGCUAAAAUCAUUGAAGUUGGAGAUACUCCAAAAGAUCGAGCUCUGUUCAAUGGAGCACAGAAAUUAUUUGGUAUGAUUAUUACUAUUGGGCAAGCCAUUGUGUAUGUCAUGACUGGAAUGUAUGGAGAUCCUGCUGAAAUGGGUGCUGGAAUCUGUCUACUUAUAAUCAUUCAGUUGUUUGUUGCUGGUUUGAUUGUGCUGCUGUUAGAUGAGCUGCUACAGAAGGGUUACGGCUUGGGGUCUGGUAUUUCCCUCUUUAUUGCCACCAACAUCUGUGAAACCAUUGUCUGGAAGGCCUUUAGCCCUACUACCAUUAACACUGGCAGAGGUACUGAGUUUGAGGGUGCUGUCAUUGCUCUGUUCCACUUAUUGGCUACCAGAACAGAUAAAGUCCGGGCUUUGAGGGAGGCUUUCUAUCGUCAGAAUUUGCCCAAUCUCAUGAACCUCAUUGCUACAGUCUUUGUGUUUGCUGUUGUUAUAUAUUUUCAGGGAUUUCGUGUUGACUUACCCAUCAAGUCUGCUCGAUAUCGUGGACAGUACAGUAGCUAUCCAAUUAAGCUCUUCUAUACCUCCAACAUUCCCAUCAUUCUUCAAUCUGCCUUGGUUUCUAACUUAUAUGUUAUAUCCCAGAUGUUGUCUGUUCGGUUUAGUGGCAACUUCUUAGUUAAUUUAUUAGGACAAUGGGCUGAUGUCAGUGGAGGAGGUCCUGCACGAUCCUACCCAGUUGGAGGCCUUUGUUAUUAUCUUUCUCCUCCAGAAUCUAUGGGUGCCAUAUUCGAAGAUCCUGUCCAUGUUGUUGUUUACAUCAUCUUUAUGCUGGGAUCGUGUGCAUUUUUCUCCAAGACAUGGAUAGAGGUGUCUGGCUCUUCAGCUAAAGAUGUAGCUAAACAGCUUAAAGAACAGCAAAUGGUGAUGCGAGGUCACCGAGAUACUUCUAUGGUUCAUGAACUUAAUAGGUAUAUCCCCACAGCAGCUGCCUUUGGUGGAUUGUGCAUUGGUGCUCUCUCAGUGUUAGCUGACUUCCUGGGAGCUAUUGGUUCUGGCACUGGAAUUCUGCUUGCGGUCACAAUUAUUUAUCAGUAUUUUGAAAUAUUUGUUAAGGAGCAAGCUGAAGUUGGAGGUGUUGGUGCUCUGUUUUUCUAAAUGUUCAACUAUUUCAUCAUUCGUGUGAAAGGGAAAAUAUUUUGACAUAUCAUUUUGGUCAGAUAAUGCUGUGGUUUCCCCCUCCCCCAUCUUGUUUUAAAGUGCUAACUGUCCCAUUUCUUUAAUGGGUGAUGAGCUAUGCCUGUGAGCAGCAUUAGUACCAGCUGCCUUAAAACUAAAGUUUACAUUAUUUGUUCAAAAUAUAGCUAUCUUAUCUAGCGAGUGUUCCUUGUAAUGCUGGAAACCAGUGUAUCUACCUUGCUGUUUUGAACCACUAUGGUGAAACGUAUCCGUUUGAUAUUGGUAGACACUUUUGCAUACAACACUCAAGAAUAUCCCCGACUUGUGUUUUCAAAUAAAUGCAGUUCAGAUUGCCACUUUCCAGUACUUUAUGAGCUUAUUUAAUGAGUUCCUGAAUACAUUUAUAUCUAAUCUAUAUAUUUAGAUGAAUUACUUUUUAUACUUUUUUAACUCACAGUAUCCACCUCACUUUCCUUCUUCUCCCAUCUUCUUUCCCACCCACAUAUCCCCUCUCCGAAUUGGCAUGGUAUAUUUCAUUUUGGCUUUUGGUUCCUAUCAAUUCAGCCACUUCUCAGUGCUGAAAAGUAAAAAAAAAAACAAGCCACAAACAUAUUCCUGUUAUUUUUCAGCCACUGAGCCAAGUGUUUCCUCUUAGUAUACCCCUCCUGUUUGUGAUUCUUCCUCCUCUUUUCAGUGAGAGUAUCUUGCUGUGUUGGCCAUGCCUUCUUAUUUCAUUCAGUCACUUGAGAAAACUCUCAAGAUGCAAUGCCCUAAUUUUUCUUGUUUGUUUUAAGCUCCCAAAGGAAAGAUAACAGUGUUUGAAGCUCAGGGUGGGGAGGGAGGAAAAAAGGUGGAAAAUGAGUAAUUCAUGCUAAGAAUUUAUGUAUGUUGUUGUGCUUUAUAGCAGCAACAUAAAUGUAAACAUUAGACAAUAAACUUUUAUUUAAUAAGUCUGUCUCUUUUUUUCCUAAAGAAAAUACAAAGUUCUCUCGUGUUAAUUUUUCUGAAAUGACAUGUAGGAUCAUGUGCUUAUAAGUUUCUGUUGAAAGGCUAAUAUAGGCAAAACCCAAGUUAUCAUACUUGGCAUUUUAAUUUGAAAUGCUAAAAGGGAAGGUAAUUAAACUUAAAGGGAGUUCAAGUGUCUGUGAUGAAAAUAUGAAAGCUGAAGGUAUAUUGUGUCACGAAAAUAGUAGUUGCUGUUUCUGGUUAAUGAGCAGUGCCAUGCCCAUAGUAAGAGCUUUAAGAAUAUUUGUUUAUCUUGAUUUGAAAGAAAGUUCUAAGGCUUUAAGAUUAAACUCUUUUUCUCCCAAAAUCAUGUUUGCUUGUUUUUCAGAGCCCUGUUUUGUUUCCAACUUACAAAGAAUGCAGGAUAGGAAACAUGUUACUAUUUCAGUAGUCUCUUGUAUUUAGUCAGCAAGAACAGAGCAAGCAACCUUUUUUUUAUCAUAUUAAAGCUAAUAUUUGAGAACAAAAAGCAAUUUGUUCCAGUGAAACUUAUUUUCACAGACUUCAUGACCAAAACUAUAAAUAAUAUGGAUGCAUUAAGAUUUUUCCCAGCACCUUGAAAUCAGUAAAAUUAUAACUAGGAAUGUCAAAUGUAUCUGAGAACAGGUCUAUCUAGGAUUCUUGAGCAGAGUAAGCAUCUCAAGGUUUAAGUUAAAGUUAGGGUAGAGAGAAGGAAUAUCCCGCCUGAGCUCAAGCAGACAAGACUAAUGGAAUACCAUAGGAGGUAAGGUACCAAUUUUGACAGAGGGAGGAACAGAAUUAUUAUGCCAUCCUGACAUAUAAUCAGAAGGUAGCCUGCCUUUCUCAGACCUGCAUUCAGGAUGUGACUACCUCCUCUGAGCUGGCAUGCCUGAGGACUGCUACUACUGUAGAACAAAUUUGUAUGUACUAUCUAUCAUGUACUAUCAUGAGAAGAAACUUGGAGAGAAUUUCUACUGGUUAUCCUGGACAGGAAAAUGAAAGCCUUAGGGGCAUAGGUGGUGUUUUAAUCAUUUUCAGCAAUUGAAACAAUGAUUCUUAGAUAAGAAAAUGUGAAAUUGGAACUGAAUGUUUCCCUAAGAAGAUUCUGCUGAAGAACAGGUUUUAAGCUUUCUGGGCAAAGAUAUAAAUUGCCCAAAGAUUUGAUCAGCCUAGAAACUCGUUGAUCCGAAUAAAUGGGCACUUGACAAUCUUUCUGUCUCUGUAUGGGAAUCUCUCAGUAUUACCCCUGAGAUAGUGCAGAAGAGUCAUCUAUUUUCAUGAAUCAGAUGUCAUUCCUUUGCUUAAGAAGCCCCAGUAGCUCUAUUGCCUCUAAGAUCAAAUACAAAUUCCUGCAUUUGUCCUUUAAAAACCAUCCAAACCUGUCUCCAGCCCAUGUUCUCCAGACUUAGUAGACAUUACUUCCCUACAUAUCCUCCACAGUUUGGCCAAACUGAUCUACUUGCUGUUCCUUUUAUGACAGUCCCUCUGUUGUCUCUGUGCCUUUGCAAAGACUUCCCUAAAUCAUUCCUUCCUCACCUGCGUCUCUCAAUCCUUAGGCUCUUUUUAAGCUUAUGCACCAUUGCCUCCAUGGGACCUUGCCUGCUCACAUUGCCUUCCUCUUCCUCUGCAGUCCUUUCUCCCCCAUGUUAUUUGGUAUUUGUAUAUAUUAUGUAUUAACUUUUAAUUUUGUAUAAAUUGUUCCCCCAAUAGAAUGUAAGCCCCUUGAGAGCAGGGAUUGUUUAAAUUUUGUCUUUGUCUUAUCCCCCGUGCUUGGCGUAUAAUAUGCUGAAUAAAUGUUUGUUAAUUGAUUAUACACCAAUAUAUGUAAUAUGGGUAAUAAAAUGAACUUAAUACCAA